AUGGCAACACGAAGUAUAGUGACCAUCAAGCGACCCAACUCAAAUGAAGUCGAGUGCCGUACACGAUCUAACACAGUCGGAACGAUCCAUUCAACAAUUAAAACACUUCAAAAGGAGAAUCUACUCGAAAGUCUCCACGAGCUUCAAGAACUCAGGGAACACAAAAGAUCUAAGAGUGUUAAUAGUAACGUACCACUCUUCGCAGACCCAUCCUCCGAAACGCAAGACCGUUACGAUGUACUCCUCUUCAACUUGAAGGAAUUCGGACUCAUCGACACAUCUAUUAAUUAUAACGAAAAACGCGCAAGCACUUCUUUGUAA